AUGGAACUAAUAAACAAGUACGGCUUCCGGGGCCAAGCCUAUACGGUCCCGACUGUCGACGGUUAUCAGCUGGGUGUGCAUCGUUUAGCACGAAAGGAAGGUCCCGAUCCAAACCUCUUGCCGAUACUGAUCGUUCACGGUUUGCUGGGCAGUUCGGCCGACUGGGUCCUGAGCGGACCGGAAGAUGCACUCGCCUAUCAGCUGGCCAACGCUGGCUAUGACGUGUGGCUUGGAAAUACUCGCGGCAAUCGCUACUCUCGCCAGCACCUGCGAAUGUCUCCAAACCAGGUGGAAUUUUGGAACUUCUCCUGGCACGAAAAGGGCAUUUACGAUGUUCCGGCCAUGAUCGACUUUAUACUGAACCAAACGCAAACCCCCUCCCAGCAGAUCUACUUCAUCGGCUACUCGGAAGGUGCUACGGUGUACUACACAAUGACCAGCAGCCUCCCACAGUACAACAGUAAGAUUCGUUUGGCCCACACGAUGGCACCUGCCGUACUGCUGGAUAAAGUGCGUAGUCCACUGUUACUUUCACUAUCCAACAACUCACCGCUUCUGAUUUCCAUAUCGAAAAGUACCAAAAUGGGUGAGCUGUUAAAAUGGUCCGAACAGCAAAACGGUUUCAUGCAAACCAUGUGUCCACCGUUUGCAAAAAGGAAUCCGUGUGUUGUGUUGUUUGAAAAUCUGUUCGGUCCCAACUCGGAAUCGAUUGACAUGAAUGCGGUUCAGGUUAUGAUGGGUCACUGUCCGGCUGGAGCUUCCGUGAAGGAACCAAAGCACUACAACCAGAUUAUACAGUCCGGUAUCUUUCGACCGUACCAAGAGGAAAACGCGGAUCGUAUCGUUAAGCCGUACAAUCUUUCGCUAUCGGUCGUUCCGGUACACAUCUACUACGGGUUAAACGAUUGGAUUGUUCAUCCGAAAAAUGUGCUACGGUUUGCAGCGGUACUGCCAAAUGUUCGCGAAAUUCGAGCGGUUGGUGGUAAAAAAUUUACACAUAUUGAUUUUUUAAUUGCUAAACGCGUCAAGGCAACAUUGUAUAGUAAAAUUUUGCUUAAUCUUCGAAAUGAUGCGCGCCAAAAUGCCCAACAAUGA